UCAAGUCACAAUUACAAAAUGCUUAAACAUCGUGAACCAAUAUCUGCAUUUGCUAUGCAUGCUAUGAAACGUAAAAAUGUAGAAAUAUCGUUGAAAUCAAAAAAAUUGAAAAGAAAACACACUUCUCCAGAAGAAAGAAUAGUUUUAAAAAAUGAUUCAAAACGCAGGAUCCAAGAAACAGCAAAGCAAACUACGGAGAAAGAUAUUCAAGAAAUAAACAAAGUUCCAAUAAGUAAAAUUCACAAUGCAAACAAAAAGAAUAAUUCUUCUAUGAUUUCUAAAAAAAAUAAAUCAAUUCGAAGAUCAAUACGUAAACGAGAAAAUAAAAAAGGAAUUCUAAUUCCUGAUUUAAAGAAAGCAGAAUCAAACAAAAAAUUAAAAAGUUCCCUUUCAAUGAUGAAUAGGGGUGUUGCAAAAAUGAAACAAAUUAAGCAAAAACAACAAAAGCAGAUAAAAAGCAAAAGAUUAAUCAAAAAUAUUACUCAGGAAACUGCUUGUGCUAAUGAUGGAAUAAUUGUAGAAAAUCAUGAGAAUCCUCUACAUGUAAGUUACUCAAUGUUUGAAUGGUUAAUACACCCUUUGAAAGUGGUAGACUUUUUUGAGAAGAAUUGGGAAAAAACACCAGUUCAUGUAAAGAGAAAUUUUCCUAAAUAUUAUAAAUUGCUUAUGUCUACUUCAAUGUUAGAUAAAAUAUUAAGGGAAUCUUAUAUAUUAUUUACAAAAAAUAUUGAUAUUACUUCAUAUGAAAAUGGUAUGAGAGAAACACAUAAUCCUGUUGGUCGUGCAAUUCCAAGUGUUGUUUGGGAUUAUUAUAUGAAUGGAUGUUCUGUUAGAAUGUUGAAUCCACAAACAUAUAUAUCAAAAUUACAUUCGUUAAAUGCCACACUUCAGGAAAUUUUUGGUUGUUUUGUUGGUGCAAAUUCCUAUCUAACACCUCCUAAUAGUCAAGGAUUUGCACCACAUUAUGAUGACAUUGAAGCCUUUAUAUUACAGAUCGAAGGUAAAAAAAGAUGGAGAUUAUACAAACCACGAAAUGAGAAUGAAUACUUGCCAAGGUAUUCUUCAAAAAAUUUUUCACAAUCUGAGCUUGGUGAACCUAUAGUAGAUACAGUUGUAAAUGCAGGAGAUUUGUUAUAUUUUCCACGAGGAACAAUUCAUCAAGGUGAAACUAUUGAUGACACACAUAGUCUUCAUAUUACGCUAAGCGUCUAUCAAAGAAACAGUUGGGGUGACUUUUUAGAGAAGUUGCUACCAAAUGCAUUAACAACUGCUAUAGGAACGAAUAGUGAAUUUCGAAAGGGAUUACCUAUUAAUUGUCAAAAACAGUGUGGAUAUGUACAUUCUGAGACUCAAAAUAAUAUCAAAGAUGAAUUUAAAGAAAAAAUAAAACAUUUUCUUCAUAAAUUAGUAGAAUAUAUUGACAUUGAUACAGCUGCAGAUUUAAUGGCAAAAAAUCAUAUUCAUGACUUUUUACCACCUAUUCUCUCUGAAACUGAACAGAAAUGUUCUGCUGUCCAAGAUGGUGAAAGGAUGACUGAAAAUGGUAUUGUAGAAAACAGAGUGGAAAUAGAACCCGAUACUAGAAUUCGGUUAUUAAGGUCUCAUUGUAUAAGGCUAAUUAAAGAAAAUGAGAUAUUUAAGAUAUACUAUUCUAGUGAAAAUUCUAAGGAAUAUCAUGAGUAUGAACCACAGUUUUUAGAAGUUAGUGAGGAAUUUGUACCUGCUAUUAGAGAUAUAAUAUUGCGAUAUCCUGAAUUUAUACGUGUAGAAGAUUUACCAAUUGAUGGUGAAGAUAAUAAGAUACAGAUAGUCAAAGAUCUUUGGGAAAAAUGUCUUGUUGUAACGGACAAACCAUUAUGUGUAUUGGAAUAA